UAUUCGGUUUUGUAGGGUGUUUAUUUUUCAUCCACAAUGCCUAAGAUAUAUUUGUUUUUGUGUUUUCUCUUGCUUCCGUUGGCUUUCGAUCGCUCUGAGGCAAAUGAAAAGGUUGGAGUUUAUGAACUGAAGAAGGGAGAUUUCUCUGCAAAGCUCACCAACUAUGGUGCCACUGUGCUCUCCGUUAUUCUCCCCGACAAGAACGGAAAAUUAGACGACAUUGUUCUUGGAUUCGAAUCGCUUAACGAGUACACGAAUGAUUCAGUCUACUUUGGAGCCAUUGUUGGACGUGUUGCAAACAGAAUUGGAGGAGCUCAAUUUGAAUUAAAUGGCGUCCAAUAUAAGUUGGUUGCUAAUGACGGGAAUAACACUCUCCAUGGUGGCCUUAAAGGGUUCAGUGAUGUUGUGUGGACGGUAAAAAGUCACAAAGAAGAUAGUCACAUAACAUUCACCUAUGACAGCUUGGAUGGUGAACAAGGAUUUCCUGGUGAUCUUUCUGUGUCGGUAACUUACAUUAUUAUUGACACAAAUAAACUAGCUAUUAGAAUGGAAGCCAAAGCUCAUAACAAGGCCACUCCGGUGAACCUAGCACACCACACGUACUGGAAUCUCCGCGGCCAAAACAGCGGUGACAUCCUCUCGCACACGAUCCAGCUCUUUGGGUCCAAGUUUACACCAGUUAAUGACCAACUCAUCCCCACUGGUGAAAUUGUGCCUGUGAAAGGAACACCCUACGACUUCCUUGAGCCCCAAGAAAUUGGUAGCAAGAUCAAUGGGUUGCCGGAUGGAUAUGACAUCAACUAUGUGCUUGACCCUUCGAGUCCCAAUCAUUUGAGUAAGGCAGCAGUGUUGCAUGACAGCGUGUCAGGGCGAAAAUUGGAACUAUGGACGAACAAACCAGGGUUGCAGUUCUAUACAAGUAACAUGUUGGACAAUGUGCAGGGGAAAGGCGGGUUUGUGUACAGAAAGCAUGCCGCAGUGUGCUUGGAGACGCAGGGUUUCCCGGAUGCUGUAAAUCACCCGAAUUUCCCUUCGCAGAUCGUGAAACCCGGAGAGGCCUACUUGCAUGUGAUGCUUUAUAGAUUUACAGCUGCUUAGCGAGCUAGCAAUUGAGAAAUCAAGUAGUUUAAGAGAUGCCUUCGCAUAAACUGGUCUUAGUUAAUAAAAUUAGCUCCGCAAAAAGUAUGUUAUGUUAUUAGACUGUUAAUUUUAUAAUGUUUAAUGACUC